AUGGAUCUACAACAGCAACUCUUGACUGUUAUGAUCCAGAUGGCUUUCGAGGAGGAACCGCUUACCAUGGCACGACCGAAGUGUAUACAAAUUAAUGUUAGGGUGGAAGCAAAUUCGAGGCUUGGAUGCCCUGGCGCCAGUGAGAGGCCACCGAGCUCCCAAUUGGAAGGCAAAAGAUACCAGGCUUGCUUGAGCUUGAAGGAUAUCGCCGCGAGCUCGCCGGAGCAUUUCGCUCUAUACAAACCAGUGUUUUUGCAGAGGGUAUGGACAGUGAUAAUGGGAGAAGGGCAUCGCAUGUCGACUCGUCGGGCUGCAGUGCUGGCAUUGCAAGCAUCGUUGCCUAUAACUCCUCCUCUAUAUAACGAGCCUAAGGUGGAGCCGAGCGAGUGGUGCAUCUGGACCAUGGCUAUUGUGGGAAGAACCCUUGAUGACUCCAUACGUGAUGGAGGCCCUACUAACCCUGCUGUGAAGGCGAUGGCUCUCACUAUGCCUCGACCUUCGAAGACUGAGGCGGCCAUACAGGGAAGCCUCGCUGUUUUGGGGGCAAUGGUGGAUGUUGGAGGUGAUAGUAGUGGGCAAUUUCAUGGCGCGGUGAAGACUCAAGAUCAGGUGGUGGAUAAGCUCUUGGCCACUUUCGCUCAAGCGAGUCCUGAUGAUUUUGCCACUUGUGCUGACGAAGCGAUUGGGCAUCUUAUAACGGAAGCGGCCGGCUUGGAGGACUACUGUGGUUCUGAAGGACGUCCGGUGGCUAUUGAAGCGCUCGCUCAAGUGUGUGUAGCCGAGGGAGAGGAGUACAUAACCCCUUACGUAAAGGGUGUCGUCAGCUGUAUCGAAUCGAUACUGUCAGAUGACGACGUGAGACUAGCAGUUGAGCGUAAAGCUAGUGGAGACACCUCACCCUCUGGUCGGACAGACGGACGCUAUCGGCUGCAUCAGAAUACUCUAGAAUGCCUUGGUAAAUUGGCGGAGACGAUCUGUUCGGGGUUGUCGACAUACUUUGAGGACGGCAGACUGGUGUAUCUCAUGUUCUCGGCGGGUCUUACUCCGGCUGUAUUGGAAGCAGUUUGGGAUUGUUGUUAUUACUGUCCACAAGUGUGUGCACAGCUCCAAAACCGACUCCUGGAUACGGUCACAUCGAUCCUUGAAGGCGCUACUGUAUGCAAGACCUGUGGGGUCCCAGCUCCCGAACCAACGGCUACCCGUCCACGUACUCUAUCGAUGAUGUCAGCAGGUUCGGCAGCACUCGAGGCACAGGCGGCCUCGGCUGUUCUGGCCAUGAGAGCUCUGGUCAGCUUUGGGCCUUAUGACCCCAGGGUCAAACCUUUCCUGUGCGAUUCAGUAUUGCGGUGUUUGGAUCACCAGCAUCCUCUUGUACGUAAGAUGGCGGCGGAGACGAUAACAAAGUUGUUGCUUCCUGUGGAUCUCCCAUCUGAUGAAAAGGGUGAAAGAAAGUCGUCCUUUUCGGAGGAGACUCUGACAACAGACGAGUCUUCUGAAUCUGUUGAUGUCCAGCCGAAUCGGAAUAGGCAAAUCGUUCUCUGUAAACCUCAUCACAUAGAGGCGAUCUCCAGAGUUGUACAGCGACUACUAGUGCUGGCUGUAGCGGACACAGAUCCUGAUAUUAGGUUCUCUGUGUUCGAUGGCAUCGAUCGGCGUUUUGACCCCUUCCUGUCGGACCAGGUGUGUGUAGCUGCAAUAACGCAGGCGUUAAAUGAUGAGUCACUGAUUGUAAGGAAGGCGGCAGUGAAACUUCUUGGAAGACUCUGUCACCACAACCCAGCGUAUGUCCUUCCAGCGUUGCGGAAGUUGCUCAUACAGCUGCUAACUGAGUUGGAAUAUAACCAUGCGGAUAGAGGCGGCGAGGAAGCGGCGGAGCUAUUAUGUGAUCUUCUAUCGAAGGCAGGCAGUCAUAUGAGUCCAUAUGUCUUUGCCGUGGUGGAGGCUGUCGUUUCGAAACUCCGCAGACCUGAACCGGUGUCGCCAAGGUACACCUCAUUGCUCCUGGAAGCAUUGGGUCAACUGAGUGAUAUAUCCGGCCAGGCUAUACUCUCUAGUGGAUUGAUUGAUGAAAUACUGCAGCUGCUCGUUGACAAUGUCCAGGUAGACUCAAUAUAUACAUGGGGUCUCAGGACGCUUUCCCGGCUGGUUGAGAACACUGGUUUGGUAGUAGUACCGUACGAGAAACACCCUCCAUUGUUGCCAUACAUGAUAGAGUUCCUCCGGGCUGAUGCACAGCAUUCAGGACAUACAGCUGCCAUACGAGCAAUAGGCACCCUCGGCGCUCUCGACCCGACACGUUUCGAUGCCCUCAAGCAGAUCGCCACCACCAUCCCAGUGAUGGACUCUAGUGGGAGCGGGCAGCAGACUUCCCAACCCUUCCAUGACUCGAGGCCUAGAUCGGCAAGGUGGUUGUACACGUCGCAUGCUGUUGCAACAUUAUUGAGGAUGCUGUGUGAUACAUCAUUACCAAGCGAUUAUCACAGCCAUGUGGUGGAUGCUCUUAUGACCAUAUUCCAACACCUAGGCCGACAAGCCGGCGGCUGUGUGAUGCCCUUCCUACCACAAAUAAUGAACUCGAUAAUCUCGGUGGUCCAGAGGAGCCCAGCCGAUAGCUCCAUCGCCCACGAGAGGGCCCCGUUGUUGAGGCAUCUGGCCUAUCUUGUCAAAGUCGCUAAUGCCAAGCAGAUAGCUCCUUAUCUCAAGUCUAUAUUCGAUUUAGUGGCUGCGGUGUGGCCUCCGGAGAGCAUAAGGGCUGCCGGGGCUUCGGAUCGAGUUGACUUGAUAUUGGCUGCUUUAGCACUGCUAGAGGAAAUAUGCAAGCAACAUCAUCAUGAGUCAAAGGUGUACAUGGGACCCCUCGUUCCCCGAAUCCUACACCUUCUAUCUCCUAAUAGGGGUUUGGGAUACAGUAAUCAAGACCAUGUGGUAGUCGCCAGUCGAGUGCUCUCCUCACUGGUCGUUUUCGGAUCCACCAUUACCGAGUUUAUGCAUCUCGUUAUACCAACUCUUACUGAUCUCUUCGAUUACAUGCCAACCACGUAUGUGAAUGAAAAUUCCCCAGCGGUGCCUCCCCCUGUGCACAUUCGUGUGAAAGCUAUCAAAGUCGUCGGAGCAUUGUCUAAGCAAGUACCCUUCGCCCAGUUCUCCGGUCGUAUUACCCAUCCUCUGGUCCGGAUCAUCGACAACGACACGGCUCCACUAGAACUGAAGCGCGUUGCCCUAGAGUGUCUCGGGCAGUUAGCACGAUCGUUUGGCGAAGGUUUUGCUAUCUACGCCCCUCUUAUCAACCGUACUUGCAUCCGACAGGGGCUGCCUGCUCUUUUCAAUACCCCCGAGGGAAAGGACGAAUGCAGAGUAUUCAACAGUCUCAACGCCUCCCCUAGAGUGUCGAUGGGUGGCAUGCGAUCAAGGAGCAUCUCCGAAGGCUUGGAUUUACGAGGCAUACCUGAUACUACAGUAGCUCCGGGCUCUCAGGUAUGCAGCUUUGUACCGGAUCACCCAGCAUUGCAUAUAGCAUGGGAGGCUAGCCAAAGGUGGACGAAGGAUGAAUGGGUCCUUUGGAUGAAGAGGAUUACAUUGGAGAUUCUGAGGGAGUCUCCAAGUGAAUCAUUACGGGCAUGUUGGUCGGUAGCACAGAUGCAUCCACCUGUUGCGAAAGAGCUAUUCCCAGUAGCCUUCUUGGCGACAUGGACUUCUCUACAGGACAGCUAUCAGUGUUACCUACUCCGUUCUCUGGAGCUUGCCCUGUGCUCCCCCCAAUUACCACCAGAUAUCCUUCAAACGCUGUUACAGCUGGCCGAGUUCAUGGACCGCUCUAACAUGCCUUUGCCGAUGGAAAAUAGAAUGCUAGCUGGUCUAGCUGAGAAAUGCCACACUUAUGCAAAAGCAUUGAGGUACCGCGAGAUGGAGUUUAAGGCAUCUCCGUCGGCCACUUGUGUCGAGGCUCUUAUAUCCACCAAUAUGCAGCUAGGGCAAGUGGUAGAAGCUCAAGGGGUGUUGCAGUAUGCUCAGCGGUAUCUCGGUGAUGAACUAGAAUUAAAAGAAAGUUGGUAUGAGAAAUUACAGUGCUGGGACGAAGCUCUCGAGGCCUAUGAGAUACGGCAAAUGGAUGAGCCCGGCAACCUCGAUGUGACGACAUCACGGAUGAGAUGUCUGCGUGCCCUAGGAGAAUGGGAGAGAUUGGGCAAACUAUGUGAGACCUCUUGGGAUAACUGUAGAGGAUUGGACGACCACACGGCUAAGCGACACUGGCUCAACAUCGCUCCUAUGGCGGCUGCAGCUCAGUUCAACUUAAGAGACUGGAAUAAGAUGGAAAAGUAUGUGAAAGUGUUGGAGGGUUACACUGUUGGCGACCAUAAUACGGUAGAUGGGGAUAGUGCUGCUGCUGUGGAGAAUGCUGGAGGAGACACUGACGAGAGUGAUGGUAUGUCCUUCGAGGGAAGCUUUUAUGCGGCUAUUUUGGCGAUACAUAAGGAACAGUACGAGAGAGCAUUCAAAUUGAUUCACCGAAGUCGUGAUAGUCUCGAUGGUGAGCUUACUGCCCUCAUCGGCGAGAGCUACACUCGAGCAUACCGGUGUCUUAUCCAAGUGCAGCAGCUUACGGAGCUUGAGGAGAUCAUCAAAUAUAAACAGUUGGAGGAUGUUGGGGAUACUCAGAGCUGUUCGAUGAUGAGAGAUAUGUGGACGAGGCGGCUGUUGGGUUGCAGACCUGAUGUGGAGGCUUGGUGGUCCAUAUUGGAAUUGCGGACGCUGGUGGUACCGCCUCGUGAGGACCUGACAACUUGGUUGAAAUUCACAGCUCUUUGCCGGAAGUCCGGUCGUCUAUCUCUCGCUACGAAGACUAUAGAUAUGCUUCGUGCUGAUUCAACAUUGAAGCGAGAUCCAGUGGUGACCUGGGAGUACCUCAAGAACCUGUAUGCUAAUGGCAGUAGAUGGGAAGCACGAGAUAUGCUACAGACUUCUUUCUUCGAGGAUGAGGGAGUCUUGGAGAAUGUUUUGGGAUGGUUCGAGAGCGCUAUCAAACUAGAUCCUAAAUAUUAUAAAGCGUGGAAUGCCUGGGCCCUGGCCAACUACAAUGCCGUAACCUCUAUCGAGAACCAGCAUCGUGGGUCUGGGAUGUCGAGCCCUAGGGGAAGUACGAGUGUGGAUGACAUCACUGAGAAGAGGCGAGAGGCACCAGUGCAAUCACAGUCAUCAGCGUCACUUUUCCAUGCAGGUGUCUUGGAAGAGUCGAAGCCUUAUCUUUUGAAUGCCCUUAGGGGCUUUACAAAGUCGAUAAUUCUAAGUGAUCCUCCUCAACUACAGGAUGUUUUACGACUUAUCACACUGGGUUUCAAGUAUAGUGGUGACAGUGAUUUGGAACUAGAGCUCCAGAAAGGCUUCGAUCAAGCCCCUCUGGUUGCAUGGUUACAGGUAACACCUCAGCUCAUUGCUAGACUUCGCAGCAAAAGGCAGUCGUUGCGUACAACAGUUCAUCAGCUACUAUCCCGAGUCGGAAUAACAUACCCUCAAGCCCUGGUCUUCCCGCUGACUGUAGCCACUCGGAGUAGCGUGAGCACGUUUGUGAUCAGCAGUAGACGACUCCUCCAGGAGAUCUCUACACAUCGGAAGACUCUCGUCCAGCAGAAUCAGCUCGUCUCAUCCGAGCUGAUCAGAAUAUCAAUGCUAUGGCAUGAGAUAUGGUGUGAGGCUCUAGAGGAAGGGAGUAGAUUGUAUUAUGCCGAGCAUGAUGUCAACGGUAUGAUCGAAGUUCUCAAACCAUUACAUGAGAUGAUGCUGCAAGGACCUCAGACACUCAGAGAGACAUCCUUCACUCAAGCGUUCGGUCGAGAUCUUCGUGAAGCGUUGAAGUGGAUCCACGCCUAUGAGCGGGAAGAGGCUCGGCACCAGCAAGAGAUUGUUGACUUCCGUGCUGAAGGGGAGCAGGGCAGUUCCGAUGACAAACGGCUAGACCUGAUCGACCAGGCUUGGCAGAUCUACUAUAAGGUCUUUCAAAAGAUCCAUAAACAGGUUGAAACCCUAUCCCAUCUCGAUCUACAAUACGUGUCUCCUCUCUUACUCAACGCACGCAAUCUGGAGUUGGCGGUUCCCGGCACUUACUCACCUGAACGUGAGGAAGCCGGAGACCUCGUCACGAUAUCAUACUUCAGUCCAAGCAUUGAUAUAAUAGCGAGCAAACAGAAGCCGCGUAUAAUUCAUAUGAGGGGAUCAGAUGGACGAAGUUACAAGUUCGUGCUAAAGGGCCAUGAGGAUUUAAAGCAAGACGAACGUGUGAUGCAGCUCUUCGGUCUUAUUAACAAGAGUCUGGGCCAUUGGAAUCGAUCGUUUGACCGAUUUGAUCAGAUCCAAACCUACGCAGUCGUGCCUCUAUCCAACAACUCUGGCUUGAUCGAAUGGGUGCCCGGCUCUGAUACGAUCCACAAGUUAAUUAAGGAUUAUCGAGACGCCAACAACAUCCCUCUUAGUGUUGAGUAUUCUCUGAUGAAAGGAAUGUAUGGUCGUUGCGAAGAGCUGCCUUUACUGCAGAAAGUAGAGGUCCUCAGAUAUGCAUUGGAUAACACUUCGGGUGAUGACCUCGAGCGUGUUAUGUGGUUACAGAGUCGCAAUAGUGAGAUGUGGUUACGACGCCGAGGGAACUACUCUCGUAGUCUUGCUGUCAUGUCUGUUGUUGGGUACGUUCUUGGAUUGGGAGAUAGGCAUCCAUCGAAUAUUAUGAUAGAACAGGGUACGGGGAAAGUAGUUCACAUUGAUUUCGGCGACUGCUUUGAGGUGGCAAUGCUGAGAGAAAGAUUCCCCGAGAAGAUUCCAUUCAGACUGACAAGGAUGUUAAUCAAUGCUUUGGAAGUAUCAGGAGUCGAGGGUUCCUUCAGACGAACCUGUGAGAAAAUGAUGCAAUUGUUGCGGACCAACAAGGAUGCUGUAAUGGCUAUGUUGGAGGCUUUCGUCUUCGAUCCCCUCAUCACAUGGAGACUCAUGCCAACGAGGCGAGUCAAUGCCAACAUCGCUGUGCUGCAUCGUGAAGAUCCUCAGGCCUUUGGAAAGCGGCACUUCAAAGAAGCCUGUCUCUAA